AUGAAUUGCGUUCUUAUCAAUGGCCACGAGGAUCUUGACCCUUCCGAGUUCCUGUCUGAAGCUGGCCGGCAAGUUCAGUUAUUGAGCAUGCCGGACUGUUCUCUCUCGAUAUCCACAAAACUCAUAUCCUCUCUUCAGGGAUUGGUGUAUCUCGACCUCUCUCGUACCUUAGGUUCUAUUCGGCCCCUUUUUCAGAACGGCACUCUACCGGAACUCCGCGUGCUCAAACUUCAAGGCAAGGAGGUUGACGAUGCGGCGGUCGAGAAUUUGGCCAAUUGCUUUAGCACUCGUCUUUGGAGCUUAGAUCUGGAAGACAACAAACUAACAGAUGGAUCGCUUUACCAUCUAGGGGCUCGCUGUGUGUGCCCGUCCGAUUUACGGUCAAAUGUUCACUUUGAUGUCGAGGGCAAACUGGAAUUCGGAAGCCCGUCCCCUAUUUUCGGAACAUCUAUACGCAUCAUUGAGUCUGAGUGGAGUGGUUCUUUCAGUCAUCCCAAUUUACACCUGGCUGAUGCACCGUCAUAUGACCUUCAUGAUACGUUGCCACGAGAACAUUUGCUCAAGAGACUUGAUGGACGAGAUCGCAUCAAGUGCGACUCGGCAGACGCCGUCUGCCGAGGUCUGCAAGGCGAGGACCCCUACCUCCCACCAUCCAGUUUCCAGGGUUCCCAGGGGCUGACGCAUCUGAACUUGUCUGGUAACCAGAUCUCGUCCCUUGGAGCUGUGGAGCUGUUGACCCAUUCUCGCGGACAUCUACAGAGCUUCAGCUGCGAUUCUAUGCUACUUGCUCCCUCCAAGGCAAUCGCCACGGCAUGGCCGAAAAUGGCAAAACUACACGGCUUUUGUGCUGCAUGGACCCUGCGACCCUUGUUCUCAUCCAACCUCAAGAUCGUAAAACUACAUCAUUCUAUCGUCACAAGGAUUCCUACUCUGGAGAUUGACGAGUUGUCAGCUCUUGCUCGUCUAUACGUAUGCGAGAACUCGAUACUCCCUCGGGUCAAAAAGGCUUUCCCCGAAGCUUUCAUCCCUGACAUGAAUCCACGUAUAGAAUCCUUGACCCUUACCUGUAUUCCGCGGCGCUCAAGUGGCCCAUUGAUAGAUAGCUUGAUAUCUUUCUUGAAACUACUGGCCGAUCAAGAGCGUGCAAUUUUCGAUAUGUCUUCGCGGCGGGGUCCUGGCGUCUUGGCUGGCCUCCGUCACUUCCGGCUCGAGUUCGAGCCAGACCCCCACGGACAUGAUUCGUACCAUGGAGAGGAUAUAGAUGCUCAGCAACUGCUCAAUUCGGGCGAGACGGGAUUCAGCUUCUUCGAGGACGAAGCUAAGCAGGGACGUCCACAAAUUGUUUCACCCGCAAACUCAAUUUACAACUUACUACCAAAAGACUCCUCCCCUCCUCUAAACGACUUAGAUCAACCUGAAGCUAGCCACUUGGACAUUGACAUAUGGAUGAACGGGAAGUCAACGAGCAUCCAAGUCUGGAUUGGCCCCAAGGAUGGCAAGAACCCUGUAUUCCGUGAUUAUAGGAAGCUGGCCCUGCAUCACAAAGUGCGCGAUCAUAUCGGCCCCGCUUCCCCUGCUCAGGUACAAGCGGGCGUGCCCUCGACGGAGUUGGUCUUUCACACAGCGUGGUGUAUGGCGAUGAUGCCCCAUGAGAUCAAGGAACCUUCAAGGGUUGAGCUGGAAGGGAUGAGAGAUGUGCUAACUGAGCUAAAACGUUUUCGCUUAGAGGGGAGGGCAGAAUAUCUUGAGUUGCAAAAGAGGUUUGGUAGCAAGAUAGUGUCCCCUGGCCCACCACACGGAUUCUGGUUAGGAAAGCUUGAGGUUUCGACCCGGCAAGUGACGUUGCGGAGAAAGAAAGGAAGCUAUUGGCGAUAG